AUAAGUUUCCCGAAGUUUAAGACCAGAUUUGAGUUCAUUUGCAUCGAUGGCCACGACUUAUAUUCGGCGUUGGAUUCGGCGAAAGUGGCGGAUCUAUUGCUGUGUCUGCACUCCAGUGACCCGAACAGUACCACCGCUGACGACAGCGACGGUCACCCACUCCUGACCGCCAUUUACAGCCACUUCUUGCCCACAACUGUUCACGUGAUUUACGGCUUAAACGCUUUGCCGCCGAAGAAGCGAACGGACACCAAGAAAGCGGUUCAGAAGUUUGUCGACAAUAGGUUCGCCAACACUGAAAAGGUGCGAUCGGUUGACACCGCCGCUGACGCCACACAACUCAUCCAUUAUUUGUCAAACUGUCGCCGAAGAGUCAGCGCUUUUCGUAGACAUCGACCGCAAGUGUUGACCGAACGGCUCGAAUACGUGCCGAACGGUGCUGAAGAUCUAGAGAGGGGUACUCUUAAGGUCACGGGUUAUGUCCGGAACAGGUGUCUGGACGUGAACUCAUUGAUCCACAUCGCGGGAUAUGGCGACUACCAGUUGUCGGAAAUUGAAGUGUUAACUGAUCCAAACCCGAUGUCCACAACCAGACAAUCCACUAAAUCGAGUGAUGAGUCGAUGGCUACGGACCAGAAGAAUAAUCUUAAGUUUGUCUUAAGACCAGAUCCGUUGAAACAACAGGCGCUUGACUUUGAGAACAUUCCGGAUCCGAUGUCCGGCGAACAGACGUGGCCUACAGAUGAAGAACUAAUGGCUGCUGAGGCAGAGAACAAGAAUAAAGUGGUGAAACGGGUGCCAAAGGGGACGUCCGAUUAUCAGGCGGCUUGGAUUGUGGAUAAUAGCGAUGAAAGCGAUGGUAAAGAUAGUGAUAACGACUCUGAAGACUCAGACGAAGGAUCAGAUGAGGAGCCAAUGGAAGCGAUUAAAGAAGACGAAGAAGAGAGUGACGCGAGUGAUGCCGAAGAUAUGGAGGACAUGGAGACGAUGUCAGUGACCACUACUGGGCCUACAAAUGACGCUAAUUAUGACCAGAAACUGGACUUAACUGAAGAACAGACGGCGCUCCAGAAGUUUAAGGCUCAGCGACAGUACGAGCUCUGGCCGGACGAAGUGGACACACCUACCGACCAACCUGCGCGCCAACGGUUCCAGCGGUUUAGAGGACUCAAGAGUUUCCGGACGAGUCCUUGGGAUCCGAUGGAGAAUCUGCCCGAAGACUACGCGAAAUGCUUUCAGUUCGAGAACUUCCAGAGGACUAAACGCCGUGUUCUGAACGCUGGAUCGGCUACGGGUGAUGAGCCUACUGGCGCUCAAAACGGUUGGUUCGUUUGCGUACACGUGAAGGACUGUCCGAAACUUGUCUACCAGUCCUAUGCGGACAAUCGGAAACCAUUGCUAUUAAACGGUCUCUUAGAACACGAGCACCGGAUGUCUGUCCAGAAUCUGGUGAUCCGAAAGCACCCGUCGUUCGGCUCGGAACCCAUCCAAUCGAAGGAGUCACUGGUUUUCCACGUCGGGUGCCGUCGAUUCCGGGCGGCGCCGGUAUUCUCGGCCCACACUAACGGAGACAAACAUAAGUUGGAAAAGUAUAUGAGAGCCGACGCACCAGUGGUGGCCACACUGUACGCCCCCAUAACGUUCCCACCCGCGUCCGUAUUGGUCUAUAAGUCCUAUAGCGACGGUAGAGCUGAUCAACUGGUGGCCACCGGUUCCUUAUUAAGCUGUAAUCCCUCGCGAGUAGUGACUAAACGUGUGGUAUUGAGUGGACACCCGUUUAAGAUUAACCGGAAGCACGCGGUGGUGCGGUAUAUGUUCUUCAAUAGGGAAGACAUCCAGUGGUUUAAACCGAUUGAGUUGAGGACCAAAUAUGGACGAAAGGGUCACAUUCGGGAACCGCUCGGAACUCACGGACACAUGAAGUGUGUAUUUGAUCGACAACUCAAUAGUCAGGACACAGUCCUCAUGAAUCUAUAUAAGCGAGUGUUUCCGAAGUGGACAUACGAACCACUGCUGGCAUCGACUUGUGGUGCAGGUCCGGUGGUGGAACCGAUUGGUGAUGAUAUGAAUUGA